AUGGAAAUUGAGGUAAAUAUUUCCUACAUACAUCUGUGGGGAUAUGUAGAACUAAACAAAUACAGAUAUUUGUAUUUUUCCAUUAUGUUUAUGGUAUAUGUUUUAAUACUCUGCAGUAAUUCUAUCAUUGUAUAUCUGAUCUUGACAAACAAGGGCCUCCAUGAACCCAUGUACAUCUUCAUUGCAGCUUUGUUAUUUAACUGUGUUCUUUACAGCACCACUGUUUGCCCAAAGCUCCUGAUUGACUUUUUAUCUCAUGACCAGAUCAUUUCCUUGUCAGCAUGUCACUUUCAAUUUUUUAUAUUUCAUUCAACAGGUUGUACAGAAUUUAUGCUGCUGGCAGUGAUGUCUUUUGACAGAUAUGUGUCUAUAUGUAAACCUCUGAGAUAUCGAAUGAUGAUGACAAAAAGCAGAGUAAACAUUUUUCUGGUUCUAGCUUGGUGUUUUCCUGCUUGUCACAUUGCAGUACAAACAAUCCUGAGUGCUAAAGCUAAAAUAUGUAAUUUAAGGUUAAAAGGAAUCAUUUGCAACAAUAUAAUUUACUCAGCUCAUUGUGUAAGAUCAAGACCAAUUGCUUUUUUUGGGAUUGUAAUUAUGCUAAAUACUAUAAUAUUACCAAUUCUCUUUACAGUUUGUACAUAUGCAAAUAUAUUUGUAAUAUGUUAUAGAAAUUCUAAAACAUUGAGAAAAAAAGCUGCUGAGACUUGCAUUCCCCACCUGCUGGUUUUAAACGUCAUCUUCUGUUUAAUGGUAUAUGAUCUAGUUGUAGCUCGAGUGGAGUCUGACUUUCCCUCAGUUGUUAGCUUUAUAAUGACAUUCCAAGGGCUUUUAUGUAAUCCUUUGUUAAAUCCAUUCAUAUAUGGACUCAAAAUGAAAGAAAUUUUUAAACAUGUUAAAAGGUUGUUUUGCUUAGGCAAAAUAUGA